GUGAAUCAUAUAAUUACAAUGAAUAUUUGGUGGUAGCAUUUGGUUCUGGUCCAGCAGCACUUAUGAAAUCCGGAUGUACAAUUACUGUACUGAUAGCUGUGGAGCGAAUUUGUGCGCUCACCUUUCCUCUCGAAUAUUACUCGAUGAAUAGAAAAUGGUUUGUUGUGCCAUUUAUGCAUGAAGCACCAUCACACCAGGCUUACUAGAA